UGACGUAUGACAGCAGUGGACGAACCCAGUCGAUGCGGCGUCCAUCUAUGUCUGUGGUUUCCGGGUUUGCAAGGAGUCCAAACUGCCACAAGAGGACGCGCGAGUCCUAACAAUACGUGUCACGUGGUCUGACAAUGAGCGUUACGGCAGCUCAAAGUCCAGUCAGUCCGGUUGGCUGGGUCAGUUCAGAGUAGAACCACGUCAUGUUGAGGUCCACGACCUGGACGAGAACGGCCCACUGGGUCAGAACCUGGAGUCGCCGAAACCGGAGCCACGAAGCUGCAGCGGCUGCCCGGCUGGACCUGAGUGGGAUCUACCCGCCCAUUGCAACCCCCUUCACCCCCCAGGAGGACGUGGACUACAACAAGUUGGACCAGAACCUUCACAAGUACGCACAGAUACCAUUUAAAGGUCUGGUGGUCCAGGGCUCCAAUGGCGAGUACCCUUACCUGAUGGAGGACGAGCGUGUGGAGGUGGUGAGGAGGGUGAGACGCUUGCUGCCUGCUGACAAACUGGUCAUGGCUGGAUCAGGCUGUGAAUCCAGCAGAGCCACGCUGCAACUGACGGAAAAGAUGGCGGCGGCCGGAGCUGAUGCCGUCCUGGUGGUCACGCCGUGCUUCUACAAAGGCAAGAUGGACAGCCGCGCCCUCGUAGAACACUUCACAAAGGUGGCAGACAGCAGUGCGGUGCCUGUGGUUCUGUACAGCGUCCCGGCCAACACGGGCCUGGAGCUGCCUCUGGAUGCGGUGGUUCGUCUGUCGCAACAUCCUAACAUCGCUGGACUCAAAGACAGCGGAGGAGAUAUCUCUCGCAUCGGCCUGAUCGUCCACAAAACCAAGUCGCAGGACUUCCAGGUGUUGGCGGGCUCGGCGGGCUUUCUUAUGGCGGCUUAUUGUGUCGGAGCGGUGGGCGGAGUCUGUGCGCUCGCCAACGUGCUGGGUCGGCAGCUGUGCGAUUUGGAGCGUCUAUGCAAGUCUGGUCGCUGGGACGAAGCCAGAGAACUGCAGCAGCGCCUCAUCGAGCCCAACGCUGCCGUAACCAGGAAGUUUGGAGUUCCCGCCCUCAAGCAGGCCAUGGAGUGGUUCGGGUUCCACGGCGGCGCAUGCCGAUCGCCUCUUCUACCUCUGGACCAGAACCAGACGGAGCAGCUGAGGCGGGACUUCUCGUCCAAUGGAUGGAUGUGAUCAUGUGACAGACAUUUGACACCAUAGUCUUUUUAUCGAGUAGAAUCAUUUGUAAACACCACAUGUCAUCACACCGGAACCAUGUGAUUCCUCCCGGCCAAUCAGUGAAGAGUAGUGUUAUCAAUGACAAGGAAUGUCUGAAAAUGAGUUGAAGGUGAACUUGUUUGAAGUUGAUCGUGUUUUUAAAAUGUGGCGUGCCUCUAAAGAAAUAUUAAAAAACAAACACGUUAAGCUGCUGACGUGUGAUCUGAUGAAUAAAGUCACAACUCUA